GAGGAGGAGGAGGAGGAGGAGGUGGUGAGGGGCCGGGGCAGCCGAGGGGUGCGGCCCAUCCCCGGGGGCAGGAGGAGGUAGCCCGCCUCGCCCCUUCUCCCUCCAGCCGACCCGCCUCGGGGCCUCUCCCCCGGCCCUUUCCCGGCCCUCCCCUCCCUCAUGACCGCCUGGAUCGUCCUGCCUGUCAGCCUCUCCGCCUUCUCCAUCACCGGCAUAUGGAUCGUGUAUGCCAUGGCAGUGAUGAAUCACCACGUGUGCCCCGUGGAGAACUGGUCCUACAAUGAAUCAUGCUCCACUGACUCUGCCAAACAGGGCUCCCCAAAGAGCUGCUGCACUCUGGAGGACAUUCCCCUCAUCAGCAAGUGCGGGACGUACCCUCCCGAGAGCUGCCUCUUCAGUCUCAUCGGCAACGUCGGUGCCUUCAUGGUGGUGCUGAUCUGCCUUCUGCGCUACGGCCAGCUGCUGGAACAGAGGCACCACUCCUGGGUGAACACCACUGCUCUGAUCGCGGGCUGCACCAACGCCGCCGGGCUGGUCGUCGUCGGUAACUUCCAGGUGGAUCACGCCAAGUCUCUGCACUACAUUGGGGCCGGGGUGGCCUUCCCUGCCGGCCUGCUCUUCGUCUGCCUGCACUGCGUCCUGUCCUACCACGGGGCCGCCGCCUCCCUCGACCUCGCCAUGGCCCACCUGCGAGCCGUACUCGCCGUCAUCGCAUUCGUCACCCUGGUCCUCAGUGGCAUCUUCUUCAUCCACGAGAGCUCCCGGCUGCAGCACGUGGCCGCCCUGUGCGAGUGGGUCUUCGUCAUCGACAUCCUCAUCUUCUACGGGACCUUCAGCUACGAGUUCGGGGCCGUGUCGGGCGACACGCUGGUGGCUGCCCUCCAGCCGGCCUCCGGCCGCAGCUGCAAGUCUCCGGGCAGCAGCAGCACCUCCACGCACCUCCACUGUGCCCCAGAGGGCAUCGCCAUGAUUUGAGACUGGAUGGGGGCGGGGGUUGGCGUCCGCCCACUCCCCUCCCUCUUCCGUUUAUUUUGUACCAAAAAGAUUUUUUUAAGAGAAAGUGUUAUUUGCAGGGGGGAGGCCCUUCUUCUCCAGCCUGUACCACCUAAUCUGGCCGCCCCCACAACGCAGGGGCUGCCCAUGUGCCUAAUGGAGCCAGUCCACCUAUCAGGGGGGGCAGGGUCAGGAGUUUUUUUCCUCUUUCCCAUCCCAGUCCCCCCACGGUGCCUUCUGCUCCCCUGCCCUGGGGCUGGUGGAGCUUCUGCUGCAAUAAGUUGGGAGGAGGGGGCUGGGCCCGGCUGGGACCCUCCCGCCCCCAAGCUGCAGCAGGCCAGUGCAAGCCAUUCAACUCUUUUCCUUCUCCCCUCCUUCCUUUAGGGCAAAUAACAGAGCAGAACCACAUGGGUAAUUUUAGUACUUUUUUAUAUCUAUAAAAAAAUGGCUUGGA